GUCUGGUCAUUGUAUUCUGUUUGUUGGAUUCUGUCUUCUGGUUUCUGUCCUCGAAAUCUCUUGUCCCAUGCUCCUGAUCCUGUUCAUGAUCCUGUUCAUGCUUCUGUCCUGGUUUGUCUUUCCCCGACCUGACACUUGUAAGCAUGAGUGACAUAAGACCAAUAAUGUCUCCUACCAUCAACAUGAAGAUGCCACAGUCAUUUCCAUACAGCUGUCUUGGAAAUCCCUAUGAUGUAAGAAAAAGCCUUCCAAAAUGGCGCUGGUAUCCCAGAAUUCAUUACGCUGUGACGUCAGUUACCUGAAAAUCAGGGAGAAUUUCACAGAGGUUCAAGGACCAAGAUGGCGGACGCCGUCCUGAGACGCAUUCGGAGACGAUGCACCUUAAUUGACAGAGCAUAUCGCCAAGGAUCUGCAGGUCGAAGAGAAGUACACGCUAUCGACAUCUCCAUUGCCAACUUGAGAAGAGUUGAAGACACUGUUAGCGCCGAGGCUAUGCGGGAUAUAGUUCAGAGCCUCACAGAUCUCCGAUCAUUUAUCAUAGCACCCCUUGCUUCAAAUGCACGUGCAGGUUUCCAUGCUGCACAUCGUUUGCAUUCAGGGAGACGAGGGAGACCUGUGCUUGACAUUACAAGAGGGCAACUUGAGCUGCUUCUCACUCAAGGCUUCACAGUCAGAGCCAUGGCGAGGAUGUUGGGCUGUUCCUCCUCAUACCUGCAUAAAAAAAUUAAGUCUUUCCAGAUUUCAGCAAGAAAAAGAUUCACUCUCAUUAGUGAUGCUAACCUAGAGGAGCAUGUCAGGAGACUCCACAACCAGUUUCCAAGAUCAGGCUCAGAAAUGAUGAGGGCGUACCUGCAUGCUGAGGGGAUUGUACUACCAAGAAGAAGAGUUCGAGAGACCCUUAACCGCAUUGAUCCAGUUGCUGCAGCCCAGAGAUGGAGCCAGACUGUGGCUAGGAGAACAUACCAUGUGCCAUUUCCUAAUAGUUUAUGGCACAUAGAUGGCCAUAUGCGUCUCAUUCGGUGGGGUUUUGUGACACAUGCUGGUAUUGAUGGCAACACCAGACUAAUAACUUACAUCAGCUGCAGCACAGACAACAAAGCUUUGACAGUGCUGACUUAUUUUGUCCGGGCCACCUGUCUGUACGGGUUACCCUCCAGAGUCAGAUCGGACCACGGAGGGGAGAACACUCUGGUUGCUCUUUUAAUGAACCUUCUGCAGGGACAAGCAAGGCACAUUACAGGCCGCUCAGUACACAAUCAAUGUAUAGAACGUCUCUGGAGAGAUGUUUUCCAGCAGGUUGUGCACUACUUCUACAAAUUGUUCUAUUCAUUUGAAGAUGAGCAAAUACUGAACCCAGAAGACAACACUCACAAAAUGGCACUACAGGUAGUUUUAUAAACCAGAGAUCCAAUUUAUUCAGACGUGCUUGGAAC